AUGAAAGUUCACUGUUUAUAUCCCUGAUGGCAGACAACAUCAGACUGGCGCCAAGAGAAGGGGAUGCUUGCAAUUCAAGAAGAAUGCCUUGGUGUAGGACGCUGGGAAAUUCAUAAUUGUUUGAUGUGUAAUGCUGCUUGCAGCACCUCUUCGUCAGUGGCCCGGUUGGGAUGUGGAGCACUCCAAAUUAUAUCCAUGGCGUUGCGCCUGCGGUGCCUGUCGCGCAAGGAUGUCCGGCAGGACAUUUGCUGACACUCCGGUGGACGACAGAGGUGGGCUUUUGCGGUGCGUGUGGUGGGCCAUGCAUGCCGGGCCGGCUCAUCAAGACCUGUGACGUUUGCAGAUACAACGUGUGCGAGGCUUGCACAUUGAAAGCGACGAGCUCCCCGACCCUGCUGGAGGCACAGCCUGGCCCAGCGUGGGCCCGGGCGCCGGCGCCUCUCAGGCCAGCGGCGAAAGUGCCCAACGGCCUCUCCUCCAUGCCGGUUCCCGUGGCUCGCACGUGCGCGCACGCGGCACACGCGCGCAGCGGGAGCCUCACAGGCGUUGACCGUUCGAGCUAUAUCAGCUAUGUGCCUAGCUAUUUGGCAGGUUCCAACGGCCGGAGCUAUGUGCCCCCUGUGCAAGGUGCUGAGAGCCGGAGCUAUGUACCCCCUGCCGAAGGUGCAGGUGGCCCAAGCUAUGCACCCUGUGAAGCAGGAAAAACAGGUACAGAUGGAUGGAGCUACACGCCUUUUGUGACAGGUGGCGGAAGCUAUGUACCUCCUGAACCAGGUGGCCCGAGCUAUGUGCCUCCUGCACAAGGCAGCCCAAGCUACAUACCUGCAGUUGCAGCCAGUACAGGCAAUCGCAGCUAUGUACCCCCUGGACCAGGCGACACGGCACGCUACACCGCUACACCGGUUCCGCUCCGCUACGCGGACGUCAGGACGGGACGGAGCGAAGGGAGCUAUAUCCCUCCAUUCACGGCCACAGGUAGUCGAAGUUGGGUGCCAGCACCCGAGACGAGCUUCACCCCGCCCAGUCGCCGGCCCUACGGGGCCACCAUGACGCUGCCGAGCGGUGGAAGCUUCAUUCAGGUGCCAGAAGCAAAGCUCAGCAACAGGAGUCCCUCGCUGACGCCCUCCUACACGCCCAGCAUCGAAAGCUUCGUGGUCACUGCAUGGCCAGGUGCAAAGACACCACCAGAGGUCAAAGGCUCAAAGAAAGCACUAUCUCUGGAAGAGCAUGCAGCCCUACCCGAGAAUCAGGAGUGUGCCGACUGUGGGGCACCACGGCCCGAUUGGGCGUCGGUGAACCAGGGCACCUUGAUUUGCAUCGACUGUGCUGGAACGCAUCGCUCCCUGGGGGCUCACAUCUCCAAGGUGAAAUCAUUGGGGCUGGAUAAAUGGAAACCUGACGAAGUGGAGAACUUUGUGUCCAAAGGUGGCAACCGCAAGGUCAACGAAUCGCUUCGAAAGGGUGGCGCACCUGUGGCACCGCAGUUGGGAGCGCCAAGAGCAGCUUGGGACAUCUACAUCCGCAGAAAGUACGCAGAGAAGGCACCGCUGGACACGAGGCUGAAUGGGUACCACCCGAAGUCCCUUGGAGCAGCCCAAGCAGGUGGCUCUCCAAGUGAGGGCGAGGGCCUCAAGGCGGUGGUGCCUGAAAGGAGCCUGAACUUGCAUCGUGAGUUGAGCUGCCACUUGGGCACCACGUGUCAUCAAGGUUUGGUCAUGGUGGACAUCGCCAGUGUGGACAUCGGCGUCGAACGGGCUCAAGAUCUGCGAAUGCUCGGGCGGUUCUUUUUGUCGCUCUCAGUGGUCUUGAGCCUAGGGUCGGUGACCACGGAUGGGACCUCCUCAAGAAGAGGUUCAGAGAAGGCCAGCUGGAAUCCACCAGAGAGGAAGGAAUUGCUGUGGGAUGCGCAGGAGCGAUGGCUCUGGUGUCGGGUCUACGACUGGGACCUGAUUGGUUUUAAGCAAUUGGCUGGUGAAGGCCGUAUCGAUUUGUUGCAAUUCAUGGAGAGACAUGGGGCGUGUGGCGCCCAAGGGGUGGAGGUGGAGCUCUUCGCAUCCAGCGAGGAUGACGGAGGCUCCGAUUCCGAGGCGUCCCCGACCUCGCAUCCCACGAGCUUUGGGACCUUCAAUCCGGAGGACCCACAGGAUCCGGCGUGGCGGGGGACGUUCAUCGGCUUGGCAAAGCUCCAGCUCACCAUCAUCGACAUGACCGGGAUGCUGUCAUCCCAGCAGCGGAAGCCCAUCGCGCAGUCCGAGUCUCCCAGCGGCUCAGACUAGCGAAAAGUGUGGAGCAUCGGAUUCGAUGAAUGUUUAUCUCCAGGUUUCGGCAAGAACGAACGUGACAUGUGGUAAAAAAAAAAAAAAAACAUUGUCAUGUUUGACUCAGAUUUGACUCAUACCAACCUUGCCCUGAUCCAACCAGCCAGAUGUUGGUGCCGGUGAUCACUCCAGGUGUUUCUUGAAGGGUCCUGUCGCCGCGAUGAGGCACAAUAGAAACAACAUGUCAAUGGUACUGUCAAUGGUCUUUGAGAGAUACAUGUGCAUUCAGAGAAUGCAGGACAGAAACAUGCAGAAACAAUUCUUCGAAGCAAAGUCUCUGUGUUUUCGGGUCCUUUUCAGACAAAGUCGCUGCUAAACGUUGUCCAACGGUCACUAGCCUCAGACCCCCAACAGAUGGGGACAGUGACGGGGGUUCUCAGAUGGUGCUGCAGAGCAGGUUUGCCCAGCAGAGCCGGUUCUCCAACAGAGCAUGCAGAAGUGAAGACUGUUGAGGGCAGUUGGUUGAUGGUUGUUCAUGGGGCACACAUAGUGAAACCACAUUGGAAUCAUAUUCUAUUCUCUACCUCAUGUCCAUAGGCCCCAAAAAGGCAGCAAGAUGGCCAGGUUGAGCCCCAAGGACUCCACCAUUGCGCCGAUCUGGAGUUUGAAACACUUCGGACCGAAACGCCGAACCGCUGCGCUGGACCGAAAGGCUGCGAGCGUC